AUGGGCACCCCACAACUCGAUCCUCCCGAUCCCGUCGAUCCCGUCAGCAUGCCUCGCGAGGCGCUGCGGGUACUGGAGCUGUACAGCGGAAUUGGGGGUAUGCACUGUGCGUUGCUGCAUGCAGCGCAGCUGCGAGCCUUCAGACGCAGCAGAGGUCUCCAUCUAGACAGAUGCUGCUGCGGGGGGCCCCCAGCCCCUCUGGUUCUUCCCCCAGGCACCACAGCAGCAGCAGCAGCAGCAGCAGCAGCAACAGCAGCAGUGGGGGCGGCAGCAGACUCAGCUCCCGCAGCAGCAGCAGGUGCAGCAGGAGCAACUUCAGAAGCAGAAUAUAUAUGCCGAUGCCUACUGGGCACGCCUACAGCAGCAGCCAGCUCUUGUAGGCUCUCGCAGCAGCAGCUUACUGCUGCUGCUAUUCCUACAGACGGCAGCAGCUUCUGCGUUCAUCCGCUGCUGGAGUCUACGCGGCCAACAGCAGCAGCCUCCCCCUCAGCAGCAGCACCUGCUGCAGCCGCUGGCAGCAGCAGCAGCAGGAGCAGCAGCACGGAGCUGCCCUUCCAGGUUGUUGCUGCGGUUGACGUCAGCGAUGCAGCAUGUGCUGUGUACCGCAGCAAUUUCUGCAAGCCGUCCUCGCCUGCGCAGCAGCAGGAUCAUGAGGAGCGGGAGGAGCAGCAGCAGCAGCAGGCGAAGAAGCAGCAGCAGAAGAAGAAGGUGCUUGAGCUAAGCAGCAGGAGCAGGAGGAGCAGCAGCACUGUUUGUUUAAAUAUCGGUAUAGAGCAGCUACCGAUUUCUUUCUAUGAAAAUCUGCAUGCGCAUGCAUGGCUGAUGUCCCCCCCAUGCCAGCCAUUUGCUAGGCGAGGGCUUAAAGAAGAUAGCUCUGAUCCUCGUUGCUGCUCUUUGCUGCAGCUGCUGCAGGUGCUGCAGCAGCUUCCUGCUGCUGCCUUACCUCGGUUUCUGCUGCUGGAGAAUGUAGGGGGAUUUGAAGGGAGCCGAGCUUGCGAGAUGCUGCUGCAGCUGCUGCUAGACAUCCUUGGCUAUCAAACUGUUUAUUUGCUGCUGCUCAACCCCCUACACUUCGGUAUACCCAACUCACGCUCACGCUGCUUCCUGCUCGCUCGCAGAGUUCAUCAUAACGACGGCCGCUAUGCUCAAUGGCUGCGUGAUAAUGCUCCUUAUACAGACGCUCCUGCUGCUGCUGUUGCUGCUGCUGCUGAUGCAGCAGCUGCUGCUGCGAAAGAGCAUCCUUCCGCUGCUGAUAAACGUGCCCCAGAGGCUGCUGCUCCUGCUGCUGCAAACGGUGCUCCCGAAGCGGUUCCUGCUGGUGCUGCUGCUGGAGCUCCUGCUGCUGCUGCUGCUGCUGCUGCUGCUGGAGCUCCUGCUGCUGCUGCUGCUCCUCUGCGGGGGAAGAGACCUGUGGUGCUGGAUCGUAUCCCAGGGCUUUAUUCCUCUCAAGCCUUUUUCUGCUGCCCCAUCUGGCCGCUGAAUGCAUUUCUUGAUGCUUCUUUGCCUCCGCGGAGCUGCAGCAGCAGCUGCAGCGCCGCAAGCAGCAGCAGCAGCAAGAGCUCCAGCAGCAACUGCAGCACCAACAGCAGCGCUACGGUGUUUCGAGGACUCACCGAAGACACCUUAUCCGAUGUCGAGCAGCAGCAGCAGCAACAGCAGCAGCAAGAACAGCAGCAGGAGCAGCAGGAGCUGUCUGCGUUGGAGUUAAGCGAGGAGCAGAAGCAAAAGGCAUGGCAUAUGGUAGACCUUGUCUGCAGCAGCAGCAGACGCAGCAGCUGCUUCACGCGGAACUACGGGAGGAGCGGCCUAGCUCAGUACGGCAGCAUUUUGCUGCUAGACGACCCACAGAAACUGCUGCAGCAGCAGCAACAGCAGCAGCAGCAGCAGCAGCAGCAGCAGAAGCGCAACGUGGAGCUGCAUGAUAUUCUUCCGCCUGAGACCCGCUGCCGCUUCUUCUCUGUUCGAGAGCAGCUGAGGCUUCACGGCUUUCCUUCCUGGUUCUCCUUUCCUUGCUGCAGCAAACAGCAGCAGCAGCAGCAGCAGCAGCAGCAGCAGCAGCAGCACGUGAAGCAGCAUAGGGGUAUGAUAGGCAAUAGUUUGAAUGUUUAUCUUGUGGGAAUGCUCAUAGAUUUUUUAAUUGGGGAUGAUGAUAUUUAA